AUGACUGAAUCAAAUGAAACAAAUGAUAAUAUUGACGAACAAGAUCAAUUACGUCAAAAACUUCUAUGGAAUGUUAAACGAGAGGUUAAACAAAUGAUGGAAGAAGCAGUAACUAAAAAAUGUAUUCAUGAAGAAAACUGUAGUAUAACAACAUUUUCCAGUGCUGUUGAAGCUUGUCUUUUACAUGGUCUCAAAAGACGUGCUGUUGGUUUAUUUAAAACAAGUACAACAAUGGCACUUUUACAAAAAAUAGCAAAAUCUUGUCCAUCAGCUGCUGAAAUUGUCAAAAUUAUUGAUAAUGAUAGUCGUUUAAAUGAAGAAUCAACUAAUAUAUUUAGUUUUUCAAAAAAACGAUCUACUGCUGAAGAUAAUCAACGUCGUUCGAUGCGAUCAGCUAUAUAUAAUCGUUUUUUAUGGAUUCGUACUGCACUUAUUCAUCGAUCACUUCAUAAAAUUGUUGAAUAUAUUGUCAAUAAUAGUUCAAAAUAUUAUGAAUCGUACGCACUUGUUAGUAAUUGUGUUCAAGGACCAAUUCUAGCUUCAUUACUUGUUGGUCCAUGUGCACUUGAAUUUACUGGAGUUAAAACAUCUGAUCAUCUUUGGACAGAUCCUCAUGCCAAUGAACUUGUUCAACGUCAUCGUAUGCAUAGUGGUAAUCGAACAUCGACUAAUGCAACAUCGAUGAUGAUUAAUGUCAAUGAUUCUCAUUCACCGAAAUUUCGACCAAGAUUACAAAUAAAUUUAAAACGUCAUGCAAGUUCCUCAAGUGAAGAUACUCAACGAAAUAAUCGAUCAUUAUCCAUGGCAACGAAUUCAGCGAAAGAUUAUGUUGAAUCACUUCAUCAAAAUGCUAAAUCACAAUUGAUUUAUGGAAAAAAUAAUGUUCUUGUACAACCGGUACCGGGUCAUGAUCCUAUACCGGGUUACCUUUCGUUACAUCUCAAUCAAAAUGGUUUAACAUUAAAAUGGACACCAAAUCAACUUAUGAAUGGCAGUGGUAGUAGUAGUAAUAACAAUGUACCGAAAUCAUCAAAAGAUGAUUCUGAAGAAAUAGAUCCACUUGAUAGUAAUAAUACACCAGAAACUUCAAAACGAGCCAGUAUUCUCUGGGAUUAUGCUAUAUCAGUAAAUAUGUCUUUAAUUGUUUAUCUUCAUUGUCAUCACCAUGUUGAUGGUGAUCGUAUUGUACUUGUUGGUCGGGAUGGUGUUCAAUAUCCUCCAUUACAUAUAAAAGAUAAAGGUGGUCAUUUAUUAGCAUUUUUAUCUUGUUUGGAAAGUGGUCUUGCACCUCAUGGUCAACUUGAUCCACCGUUAUGGUUUGAAAAGGAACAUGGAAAAGUUUUUCCAAAAAUACAUCGUCGUACAGAACAAUCUGCUAUAUCAUUAAGUACAAGUGAUGAUGAUACGAAUAUACAACAUAAUACAGAUAUAACAGAUGAUGAUACAUUAUCAACACAUGGAGAUUAUGUUUUUCGAAUUGUCUUCUUUUCUGAUCAAGAGACUCCUCCAAGUAAAGGUACUUCAAGUCGAUGGCAAUGGCCAAUAUCAGCAGUUAAUUAUCGAUCACUUUCUUCUCAAUCAUCAUUAUCACCACCAGUACCCAUGCAUGGUUUAAGUACAUCAUUACCACCAUCACCAAUAGCUGAAUCAUUCAUUGAUUCAGCUGUUUAUGUUUCACCAACAACUAGUUUACAUAAAAGUGUAUCUGUUAGAACAUCUAUGGCAUCAUUAUGCGAUACAAUGCGUCGUCAAAUAUUAUCUCGUGCAUUUUAUGGUUGGCUAGCUUAUUGUCGUCAUUUAAAAACUGUUCGUGCACAUUUAAUAACACUUGUUUAUCCAAUGUCAAUAGGUAUAAAUGAACAAAUACCAAUAAAUUUAUCAUUAACAAUUGAAUCAUGGACGGAAUUAUUUCUUAAUAAACAAAAAGAAAAUUUACCUGUUGAUAAAAAAGAAAUCUAUCGAAGAAUUUAUUCAGGUGGUUGUAAUCCAUCGAUUCGUAAACAAGUUUGGCCAUAUCUUUUUUCACAUUAUUCAUUUGAAUCAACACAUGAUGAACGAAUACAACUUGAUCAAAAAAUAGCUGAUCAAUAUCGUACAUUAACAAAUGAAUGGCAAAGCGCUGAAGAAAUUGUUACUAAACUUGAUAUUCAACGUUCAAAUCAUCGUAAAAAUUUAAUAGCACAAGCUGAAACAAAUAAAAAUUCAGAUGAAAUAAUAAAAACAUCAGCAUUUAAAAAUGUUCUUGCAAAAAUUUCAUUACCAACUUUUGAUUCACCCGAAUGGAAAGAUACAAAUAUACCAAAUGAUGUUUUCUAUGAUGAAUCUUCGGUUUAUACUGUUUCAAUUCCAAUUAAUGAAGAAACGGAAAUUUCAGAAUUAUCAUCAAAUCAAUCUGUACUUAUUGCUCGUACACGUACAGAAUCUGUUAUUGAUCGUUCAUCACCUUAUAAUAUUAUUGAAACAAGUACAGACGAAGAUGAUAAUGAAGAUGAAAGUAAUCAAUCUAUAAAAUCAUUUGACCAACAAAAUGAUAAUAGAAUAUCGGAACAAAACGAAACAAUAUCACCAUCAUCAAGUAUUACAUCUGGCACGGAUAUUUAUAUGGACGCUGUUGAUAUGUUAGAGAGCGAACAACAAUCAGAUGGUUCAUUAACACCGAUUUAUUAUGGAUCAUUUUCAAAAGAAAUUAUUGAUGCAUUUGCAGCAAAUAUACACAGAAUUGACAAAGAUGUCGCAAGAUGUGAUAGAAAUUAUUCAUAUUUUAUGAAUUUAGAUAAUCUAAAAAAAUUACGAAAUAUUAUGUGCACAUAUGUCUGGGACAAUUUAACUACUGGUUAUAUUCAAGGCAUGUGUGAUCUAGUUGCACCAUUAUUGGUCUUAUUUGAUGAAGAAGUAUUAACAUAUAGUUGUUUUUGCCAUUUAAUGAAACGUCUUCUACCGAACUUUCCUCAUGGAGCUGGUAUGGAUGAACAUUUUGGUCAUAUGCGUUCAUUAUUACAGAUACUUGAUUUUGAACUUUAUGAACAUAUCCAUCGUACAGGAGAUUUUACUCAUUUCUAUUUCUGUUAUCGAUGGUUUUUACUUGAUUUUAAACGAGAAUUUGUUUAUGAUGAUAUAUUUCUUGUAUGGGACAUAAUUGCUGCUGCACGACGAACAGUUUCCAAACGAUUUGUAUUAUUUAUUUCAUUAGCAAUGUUAAAAUCAUAUCGAGAUAUUAUAUUAGAUAAUCGAAUGGAUUUUACAGAUAUCAUUAAAUUUUUUAAUGAAAUGGCUGAACGACAUGAUGCUCGUGAAAUUUUACGUAUUGCACGUGAACUUGUACUUGAAUUACAAAAAUUAAUUGAUAACAAAUGA